CACACACGCACACGCAUACAACAGGGAAUGCUCCACUGCCUGGAAAAUCAUCGAGUGUAACCGAAUAGGCAAACGAAAAUAAAAUAAAAAAAACUUUCGGGUCGGCAAUAAACACAAAGGAUCACAAAAUGAAUUCAAUUAUUUCAAAAGGCUAACAAUAACGAUAAACCAUCUAUCUACGUGUUUGUGUGAGUUUUUAUUUUAUUUCUACAUCGGAAUAAAAAAAAAAGAAGAAGAGAACCAGUGAUCGAAUUGAAUUUUCGAAUUAAUAGUGCUGACUCUGUAACAUUCUGCGUUCGAAUGUUGCCACCCACUAGAUGGAUUUUAAAAAUUUGGUGAUGCGUAUGCGAUGGAUCUAAAAUCAGGAACCUAUCUCACGGCACCAAAUAUUAAGAAUGUUAGCUGCACUCAUGAACGUUACACGCAUCCACUUUACUACUACAUUGGUCCAUUAGAUGUAAUUCAAGCCUUGAUAAUAUUCUUGCUAACGAUCGGAAUUAUCGGAGCGAACUUGAUGUUAAUUUUUGUGAUAAAUCAUCGCCGUUACUCACCGUACAUCGACCCACAGCCGCGAUACCUGUUGACGUCAUUAGCAUUAAAUGACUUUGCCAUCGGGAUAUUAAUCACACCAUUGGGCAUUUUACCGGCACUUUUUCACUGUUGGCCAUAUGGUGAGAUAUUCUGUCAAAUACAGGCAUUAUUACGCGGUGCGCUAUGCCAACAAAGUGCGGUAAUCUUGAUAUGUAUGGCCGUUGACAGAUACAUGUGUGCAUUGCACGCGGAAAAAUAUCAAAUGCAUUCGAGUAAGAAGGGCUGUGUGGCGCUAUUAAGCUUAACAUGGACGUUAUGCUUGACGGUUUUUGGAUUCUUGGUAUUGCCCAAAGGAUAUUACUUCAAUGAAACCGGUCUGCUGAUAUGUGAACCAUUCUACAGUAAACCAUCGUAUCGAAUAUUGGCCACAUGCUCUCUGUAUUUUCCCACCACAAUGAUUCUAAUGUAUUGCUAUGGUUCAAGUUUUCAUGCAAGCCGAUUGCGAUUGGUGAUUGCCACACCGUCAGCAAUGAUGCAACAAACGCGAUCGAUUGCUAUGUCUCAAACGGAAACCGUUACACGGCCCAUUGCGGUUGCCGGAAACACAAUAUUACCAUCACCAACCGAAAAGAAUGUGGAUCUACAGGAAAGACGAAUAAGUGGCUCAGUAUCACGUACCAUGGCUGCAAUGUCAUUAGGAUUUAUUGUGAUGGUUACACCUUGGUCGAUUCAAGAAGUGGUUGCCGCAUGCACUGGAUCCAAGCUGCCACCAUUUCUCGAAUUUUUAGUUACAUGGACUGCCAUAAGCAAUUCAUUUUGGAAUCCAUUUUUAUAUUGGCUGUUGAAUGCACAUUUUAGACGUUUGACUAAGGAGCUUCUGGUAUUAAGGUGCUGUUUGCGCGGUGACACCACGUCCGAGCAAAAAUUGCGAUGCUGUAGUGUUAGCUCGGAAUGCAAUUUAAAUGGUUUGGCACCGGCGGGACCGUCACGACCCGUAUCAUCGUUAAUACCACCUCAAACCGAUUACGAUACACUCUCCGAAAAGUAUUGGGGCGAAAUUUUAGAGCGAACCGUCAGCUCGAGUAGUUUACAAACAUUACGAUCGGCCCAACAACGCACAUAUAACAUUGUUAGUGAGCAUCCGUUCUCGUCGACGAUGCAAUCGGCACAAAAGCAAAUCGCUGCAAAUGGGCAGCAGCAUCAAUUGCAUUGUUUAAAAUCGAGCGGUAUUGAAUUAAAUUAUCGACAUCCAUCGAUGCAAACAACAAACACAUCAACCAAACAAACGCACUUCAAUCAUCAUCCCGUGCGAUUUGAAAACGAUACAAAGAUAACGACGGUGACGGCAACAAUGGCCACAGCGGCAACGACGCCGUCAACGAUGACAACGCAUUUAUCGAGCUUUUCGACAUCGGAACCGCACCUCUGUGAACAAUUUGUACAUGACAUCAAUUGUGCAAAGAAUAAAAACGCAUAUUUGAAUCAAGCGCACAACGGGCAACCGGAUAAUUAAAAUGCGUUCUAUGUCUUUGAUGCGACAGAAAAACAAAAUUUGUAUGUAUACCAAUCACAGGGCCACAAAAGAACACAAAUCAAAGUGCGACCAAUUUCGAGUCAUGUCACCUUCGGUCAUUCUUUCCUUUUGGCACAGUUGGUUUAAUGGGAGUUUAGAAUUUAAAACUGUAUGACACGAUGAAACUGAAAUGAAAUUUAACUGCUGCUCGGACUCAACGGCACACAUUAAUCUAACAUUCUGUAAAUUUAUGAUCGGAGUUCAGUGCAUUUACUCAGACACAUGAAAAAACAACGCACAAAAUUUGUUUCAUUUUUGCUCUCCGUGCAGGACAAUCAAUUGACCCCAAAACAGAAGAAAAAAAAUAUGAACAUCACAACAUCUCUCGUUGGUCAACUCUUUUUUAAGGUGAAAAAAAAAACAAAACAAAAAUUCAUGGAGAAAAAUGAAUCAACUCGAGCAGACAGUGCAGAUACAAUAAAUAUAAGCUCAACAACUAAACAAGAACUGUGGACAUGUGAAAGAGAAGAACUUUGUGAAAAUGUGAAUUUAGCGAAAACAUUGUCGAAAUAGCACACUGAACUGUUGCCAUUGCUACAUGUGGCUCAAAAAAUGUGAAUUGAGUGAUGGUUUUUGUUUUUUUAGUUUUGUAUCAAAGUUCAUGCAAAAUUCGAUUCUCACAUUGAUUAGGUUUUUUUUUUAAAUAGAAAUUUGAAAAACUCCGUUGACAAUCGACGACGGCAACACAUUUUUAUACACAACCUAACAAAUCAAAAGCUAUCGAUAGCGAGAUAGCGAGGCACAUCUUUUUUUCCUGUUUCGUUCAAAACGACAGUCAAUCUCGGCUCGAUUCGACAAAGUACAAACAAAAAAGAGCAACAACAAAUGGUGACAUUUGCGUAUUUAAAAUGGAACAAAAUGAAAAAAAAUGUAGAAGAAAACCCGUAACUCUCCUCUUCAUUAAUUCGAUCAACAGCAUAUAAAUAACACUUCAAUUGACGUUUAGCUGACUUAAGUGACAUUAUUCGACUUUAUUGCACCACGAUAAAUAAUCAUGAAUAAUGGCAGCGACAUUCGCGAAUUAUUAUUGAUUUUUGAACUGAACUCACAUUUCCAAACAAAUAACAACUCAAAUCAAGGGGGAAACUACUACUACCGCGUAAUUCAUAUUAAUAAAAUCUAGUACAACACAAAUUCUGAA